GGAACGGGGUUGGGCGGGCAUUAUUCAAAGCAUCGCUGGCGGCGUUUCGUUGACUUUGUCCUUUGGGUCUUGGUACUUAUUCCCCCGCCCCCUUCCCUCUUGAAAAAAAACUUUUCUUUUCCUUAUACCACCUUGGCUGCCUCCUAUGUCUCCCCAUCAACAUAGUUUCUCCCCCCCCCCCGGGGGGGUGAGAUGGCAGAAAUGGCCGGCCUGAAUGAAGUUAUGUGUUUCAUGUGCGCAUGGUGUUGCCUGUCGUCGUUUACUCCCCGAAGAAAAAAGAACAAAAAGAACAAAGUCAGUUGCGUCCACCCUCCCAUCUUCGAUUCCCAUUUUUAUCCUAUUUUCUUUUCUCUUUUGAGAGCCAACAACUUUUUGUUUUAUAUCUCUUUUGACUUGAGAGCAAGGGGUUCGACGUGCUUUUUCCUCCUCUUCUCUUUCAGCAAGGGCAGUGUAGGGGAGGAGGUCCCAUGAAGUUUUGUUCUACGUCUUUUCCCCGGCGGUGGAGGGGAAGGGAUGGGUUUCUAGCGUUUUGAUGUCUUGUGUCUCGACUCUGCUCUUGGGACACAGUAGUCCUCGUCUUGAGGAGGGUUCCUAUCCUAGGGUCCUGAGUCAGCUUAGGGGGACAGAAGAGGGGAAUGCACAAUUUUGGGUCGUCGGCGGGUGGCUGUGUGUGGCUGUGUUUGCAUGUGUGUGUGUGUGUGUGUGUGUCUUAUGUCACGCUCAGGCAAGAAGAUACUCUUGAGACAUCUAGUCAGUCGAAAAUAUGACAUGAUCCAUCUCU